AUGGCGACCCCCUCUGCUGUCCUCGUCUCCCCGCGCCCCCGCGACUCUCCCUUCCCCUCCUCCUCCCUCCCCAAGGUCCGCAUCUGCGUCUCCGUCCUCGAGGCUUUCUUCCACCUCCCCCAGGAGGCUGCCGCAAGGCGCCUGGUCGUGUCGCUGACCAGCCUCAAGGCAGCCUGCCGCAAGAUCGGCAUCAAGCGCUGGCCCUACCGCCGCUGGCCGGCAGCUGACCUCGAGCAUGACGCACACGCUCCUUCAUCGCGUGAGACUGCAGCGUCAUGCAGCGGCCCUCAGGGCAUGGCGGCAGCAGUGCCAUCGCCUCCCGUACCGGACGAGGAUGCUGCCAGCUCCUCCCUUGCGCUCGCUGAGGGUGAGCGGCGGAGCUCACCGGCAUCGGAAGCGCCGGCCGUGACAUGUGGGGAGAGAAGUGACGGAUGGUUGGCUGACAUGGAUGAGCUGGGAGGGUACGGCGAGUGGAUGUCGUGGUGCAUAGACUGCGACGACGAUGCCGUCUGA